GCAACGACUUGCAUCGCGACAUUGUUGACAAAGGUUUGAGUUGGUCAACUGCACGGUUGGUCUCAAAAACUCACAGUCUCGCGAUCCAAGAGGUCUGUCUGUCCUUCUACAUCAUGCUCGGCUCUCUCCUCAAACCUCCAUCCUUGCCGUGGAAUAUCGUCUCUGAUUUCUCUCUCAGUUCUUACUUCUAAAGAUAUUAUAAUGUCUUCCUGGCCUGCUCCUGCUUACCCUCCGCCUCGUCGUUCGCGUUCUCGCUCCCCUCCUCGUGGUGGUCAUCCUCGACCACCAUAUCCAGACGCUGGGUAUCCUCCGGACCAGCACAGAGGUGGAGGUGGCUGGGAUCCACAUGAAAGGGAUAGAGAGAGAGCAUGGGUCGAGUAUGAGCGAGAUAGAAUCGCAUAUGACCACACUCGUCGCAGAAGCCGCAGUCCGCCACCGGACGACAGCAGAAAACGUCGCAGGUCCGUUUCACCUUACGACAGGGAAAGAGAGCGAUAUGACCCACGCCCGCGUUAUGGCGAUGAUUAUGAUGCGCAUUCGCGGGUAUAUAGCUACAGGUCUCCCCCAAGAGCUCAAUUUGCGCCCCCAUAUCCUCCUCGCAGGGCACCCGCAGACCCGCGUACACUCGAUCACCCAGCAACCCUGAAGCAAUAUGCCGAAUGGUUUAGAUAUGCUUUCCCUCAACAAGCUUCUGAUGAGGAUGCCGCCGACAAGGCAGCAGAACAAGAAGCUGGCGAUGGUUCCAAGCCUCGAAACGGCAUUCGUUCUCGUUGGGAGAAAUAUAAGAAGGAUUUCGUCGCAACUCAGUUGCAGACCAUGUUUGAUCACCAUAGGAAAUCCCCAUGGUUUGCAGAGAAGUAUGACCCAGCUCCGGAGUUCAUUGCUCUACGCCGUCGUGUUCGAAAGGAAGGUUGGAGAGGGCGAUUAAACACGUUUCUGCUAGACCUCGAGUCGGGCAAGUUUGAUCCUGACUUGAGCGAGCCUGAAACAGACACAACUUCUCCCGUUAAGGAGACAGUCGAGGCUGGUGAGGAUGCGAAAACUGGUGGCGAUGAUGACAUGCAGUUCAACCUCGACGCUGAGGACGAUGCUGGUGAACAAGAGCCCAGCCGCGCUGAGGCCAACGGGAAAAAUGUAAAUGACAACAAGCGCAAUAAUCGCGGCGAAGAGAUUGCUGUCGCUCCGGAAGGCAAUCAGGUCAUGAUUCGGACUAUUCCGCCUGAUAUCGGCCGUGUGAAGCUGGAGGAGGCAUGUUGUAAGGUGCCAGGAUACAUGUAUCUAGCGCUCGGCGAUCCCCUUCAGAAACGCAACUACUAUCGCGCUGGCUGGAUCAAAUUCAGUGACGAUGCUGAUAUGACGGUUGUUAUGAGUGAGUUGACUGAUAAAAAGAUCGAAGGCUUCAAGCUUCAUGUUGCUCACACUGUUAAGCCCUUUGUAAACAGAAUUCGCUAUGUCCCAGAAGUCGCCAGUAAGCCAGACCGCAUCGAGAAAGACCUUGCGAACGCAAAGCUCUUGGCCUCUAUUUUAGAGGAAGAAGCUUUAGCACUACGCCAGUUUAAUCCAGCAGGGCAUGAGUCCUCGGCAACGAACGGAGAUGCAAAACCCGUGGAUGCUGUGAUGAGUGAUGCACAUGCAGACCAUGAGGACGAUCCGGAACCAAAAGAAUCCGGAUCUGAGGCUAUAGAACGGAGGAUAGAAAAGAUUAUGGCAGACCUUCGCGACCAGGGGGCGGUUGAUGAAAAAGUCGUGGAGGCGAAGAAAGCUGUUAUUUCCCUGGAUUUAUAUCUUGCCUACCUUCGGGCAGCGUUUCACGCAUGCUACUACUGCGCUGUUGUUACCGAUCAUCUUGAAGAAUUGCAGCGUAAGUGCUUGCAGCACGUGAGGAAACCUCUAUCCAAGUCACUGCUUGAGGAGGUAAAGGCUGCUGAGGCUGAGAAAGAAAAAAAAGAAAGGGACGAUGAGAAAGAAAGUGAUGCACCUUUACCCCCUAAGCCAACCGAGAACAGAGAUUGGAAGCGCAAUGAUGAGAGAUGGCUGGAGUGGUUUGAUAGCAAGAUUGCGCUACUGAUCAAUCGCAACGACCUGGACCCGCGUGAAUAUGGUGGCAAAAGUUACGACGAGGAGCUGAGCAAAGCUGUCGAGCAAUUCAUCAAGCAGGAAGAUGAGGGCAGGUUCCGGUGCAAGACUUGCCAGAAGCUCUUCAAGGCUACCUCGUUUGUCGAGAAGCAUGUCGCGAACAAGCACCCUGAACUCGUGAAACAGCUCGAUGAGGUCCCUUACUUCAAUAACUUCGCGCUGGAUCCACAUAGAAUCCAGCCGUUCACACACCCGCCUCCUAUUACCGGGAACAGCCAGCCACCUCCCCAAGCAUUCGGUAUUCAAGGACACGCGGUGGUAUACCCGCCCCCGGACUUUGGCCGGCCGAAUCCAUAUCUUACUUAUCCUGCUGCGUUCCCUCCGCCACCUUAUGGAAACAAUGGUCACUGGGAUCAUUUCGGAUAUCAAUACGGGCCUCCAGGUCUAUUUCCUACUCCUACACCUAUCCGAAGGGAUGAAGCGACCACUGCUCGCAGGCUCAGUGAUCGUAUUAGCGGCUAUGCACCCAAUCUGGAGCAGCCGAUAGAGGUUACAAUUCCCGCUAAUGCUGGACUUCCCGCUAAGCCACAAGUUACUAUGGACCUUGGCCAGCCUGCGGCGGAUAUUGGCAGGAAAGGUCGCCGAGGAGCCACGAGCUCAGGUCCACCGCCACCUCCGCCACCCGAUGCGAAGGAAGAUCCCCGGGCUGCUGGGGGCAAGAAAGUCAGCUACCACGACAUGGACUCGGUUGCUGAAGGAGAUGUCGAGUUGACUUACUGAUGUGAUGAUGCAUACGUGAUAUAAUUUCUCUACGCUUCGCAAUAUAUUUUGGUGACUAUGUCGCAUGUUGGA